AUGAGACGAUCUUUCAGGAAACAGAUUCUGCAUCGACUUGGAAAGAAGUACGCCGUGGCCGAGAUACGGGGUCAACUGUCGAUUGCUGGUCAAAUUUCUCUCGACAUUGUUCGUUUCGCACAAGGAUUGUAUCCUCUAAGAACAGCUUUUGUGGUAAUCUCAAAACAUAUCCCAGAAAUUGAGGAGACGAAGAGGGUUCUUCGGUGUUUGCAAACGAGAUAUCAACACCCUGUUCUCAUUGUAGACCCGACAGCACAUGGUGAUGAGCGUUGGAUACUCGUCAAAGAGCCUUCCACAGGCGUCUUCUGGGAUGCAAAGGAUUGCCCAUUCCCUGCUGGUUGGAGUGCUGAUACCAUCUAUACGAAAAUCAGAUCAGCUUUUACUGAAGCGUAUUGUGUUAGUGGUAACAUGCCAAUCUCUUCUUAUGCUGAUGAGAUGAAUAACGAGUCUUGGAACAAGCCGCCGGAAUCGGAAUCCAGAAUCAACCACUUAAUUCUCGCAGGGGAUAAACCCGCGAGACUUGAGAGAAUGUUAAAUGACAUGCUUUUAUGGUUAAUCCACAAUCCGCAUCCAUCAGAUUUGAUCGUAGUCGCAGAUAACAUCAGAGAUGAGAUCUUCGAGAUGCUUAAAAGUUACGUGAUCAGAGGUCACAAUGUUUUCAUAGUAACUCCGAGCAAGGACACCGGACCAGAACGCCAUGAUUGGCCAGGAUCGCUGCUAGAUCAAAGUAGAGAUAGAGAGGAGGAAAGGUAUCAAGAAUCAAGCCUCGCAACAUGCCACGCUCAUCUACGGUCUGGAUGUGAUCUCGAUGGCCUUAAAGCUUCUUCAGGUAGUGCCACAUCCAUAUCAAGCAAGUUCGUUUUAAGGAACAUGGUUACGCGUUUCAAAGAAGCCACACAGCAGCCUUUUUAA